AUUUGUGUCUCUCAUGCUCAGUCCCCCAUAACAACUUUGUCGUUUUAGCUGUCAUACUGAACCGCAAUCACCAUCCCCGCUCAAGUGCUCCCUUCCUUCCUCCAAUCACUCUCUCUCUCUCUCUCUCUCUCUCUCUCUCUCUCUCUCUCCCUCCCUCCCUAAACCCCUGCAUUGUCCUCACUCCCAAAGCCUCCCACAUCACCGCCAUCCUCCUCCCUCACAGGCCGUCGCAGCUCAUUCCCACUCUCCACCUCCUCCCUGUUUUAGAGAAAGGUCCCAACUCAGAAAAAUCAUAAGAUACUCCACAUGGAUCCCUUCUUUACGUCUUCACCUUCAUUCACUUUCAGCCUUCUUCUCUUACUUGCCAUGGCUUCCACAGGUGUUUUAGCGACGACAUUCACAUUCGUCAACAGAUGUGACUACACAGUAUGGCCCGGCAUUCUCGCAAAUGCGAACAGUCCUACGCUCGACUCUACCGGAUUCGAGCUCCCCCAACAAACAGCCCGCACAUUCCAAGCCCCGACCGGCUGGUCAGGUCGUUUCUGGGCCCGAACAGGCUGCAGUUUUGACGGAUCCGGUUCGGGGUCCUGCACCACCGGCGACUGUGGCUCCGGCCAGGUGGAAUGCAACGGAGCCGGAGCCGCCCCGCCUGCGACGCUAGCCGAGUUCACUCUUGGUACCGGCGGUCAGGACUUCUACGACGUCAGCCUAGUAGACGGGUACAACUUGCCCCUUUUUGUCGAAGGGACUGGCGGGUCGGGUCAGUGCGCUUCGACCGGGUGCUCCACGGAUCUGAACAGGAUGUGUCCGACCGAGUUGAGGGUUGGCGAUGGCGACGCGUGUAAGAGCGCGUGCGAGGCGUUUGGAACUCCCGAAUAUUGUUGCAGCGGCGCGUAUGCCACACCUAACACUUGUAGCCCGUCGGUUUACUCGCAGAUGUUUAAGGCGGCGUGCCCCAAGUCAUAUAGCUACGCCUACGACGAUGCUACGAGUACGUUUACGUGCACCGGUGCUGAUUAUACGGUGACCUUUUGCCCCUCUUCUCCAAGUCAGAAAUCUUCUAGAGAUUCAACAACACCAAUGACAGCAACACCAUCACAAGGGGCUGCUACUUCCGGGUCGGAUCCCGGGUUUACUUAUUCGAAUUCCGGUGCCGGCUCAGGCGGUGCAGUGUCUGGUUCUGGUACAGGUGCGGGUACGGGUACUGGGGCAGGUUCCGGCACGGGGGCUGGUGAAGCAAUGCUGGCAGAUGGGUCAUGGUUAGCUGGUUUGGCCAUGGGAGACUCACCUAAGGCAGUACCUCGCCCUACUCUACACCCACUCACUGCCUCUGCAGCUUUAUUUAUCCUCUUGUCCUAUCUCUACCUGUAGCCCUUGACUUUCAUGCACCAUCAUGUGAAUAGCACGUGACCAUAAAUGUAAGACAAUGGGAAGUUUUCCUCCGACUCUAUGAUUCCUUGGCUUGUUGGUCCUCAAUGUAAAUUCUUCACGAGGUUUUGAGUGUUUAAGUGGUCACCGGAGUUUUGCCUUUGGUAGGAAACGCUGACAGAUUCAUCAAGAUUGUAAAAUCCAUCAACAUUCCCUCCAAAUAUCAUUGCAACAUACACAUCAGAAGAGUUGCUCUUUA